GUGGUUCCCGCGGUCCCUCCCCUCUUUGGGUCCGUUCUGUUUGCACACUUCUCCGUCCAGUGGUCCCUCGUCCCUGGCGCCCCGUCCCGGUUCCACGUUCCCUGUCCAAUGUCCGCCAGUUCCCGGUCCCCCGCUGACAUGUUAGACGCGGAUGAAGUCGCCCGGUUGUGUUACGAGCGGUUCGACUCGCUGCCCCGCAGAGGGAAGCCUGAGGCGGGCAGAGAGUGGAGCCUGCUGGCCGCGGUGCUGAAGCUCAGCCGGACGAAAGAGAGCGGACCAGCUGAGAUGGAGGUUGUUUCCAUGGGAACGGGGACCAAAUGUGUGGGACAGACAGCAAUGAGUCCCAGUGGUGACAUUCUGAACGACAGCCACGCAGAGGUCAUUGCCAGAAGAGGAUGUGUUCGGUAUCUGACCCAGCAGCUCCUUGGGGCAGUUAGCGGCCGGGGCAGCUCUGUGUUUGAACCUGCAGAGCAGAUAGGCAAGUGGAAGCUUCAGCCAGGAGUGUAUUUCAUCUUCUUCACCAGCCACACACCCUGUGGAGAUGCUUCCAUCAUCCCGAUGACUGACAGUCCGUCUCAGCCCUGCUUCGCUGUCCCGUCUGUGAGGAGCUGUGAGGCAGGAGUAGGACCCCUGAAGAGAAAAUCCGAGGAGCCUGGUGGAGGAGGACCCCUGAAGAGGAGGUCUGAGGAGCCCGUUGGAGGAGGGGAGUGUCAGAAACAGACCGAGGAAACUCGAAAAGAAGACGGCGGAGGUGAACAAGUGUCAGAUUGUGAACGUCUGCGGAGAAGUCCUGUUGAAACAAACUCCACAGACCUGGAGGGUCUACACCCACCAGUCCCUGACAUCCACAGAACUGGAGCAAAGUGUGUCCCGGGGGGCCCGGUGGACCCUCUGCAGCCCGGGGCCCGGUACCACAGCACGGGGGCUCUGCGGGUGAAGCCAGGCCGAGGGGAGCCCACCCUGUCCCUGUCCUGCAGUGACAAGCUGGCCCGCUGGGGGGUGCUGGGCUUCCAGGGGGCCCUGCUGAGCCACUACCUGCAGGAGGCCCUGUACUUCAGUGCUGUGGUGGUGGGGGCGUGUCCCUACAGACAGGAAGUGAUGCACAGAGCGCUGGUGGAAAGGUGUUCCAUGGUCUCCGACCUUCCUCCUGGUUUCUCUCCUCAUCCUCCUCAGCUGCUUCAGUCCACACUGGAGUUUCCCUUCAGUCAGGCUCAGACUGAGCUCCGACACCAGGACACACAGGGCCGCGUCUGCCCCUGUGGGGCAGCCAUCAGCUGGUGCAAUGUCACCGAUCAGCCACUAGAUGUCACUGCUAACGGCUACAAACAAGGAGCGACCAAGAAGUCUCUGGGAACUCCCAAAUCCAGAUCUCUGCUGUGUAAACUGGAGCUGUUUCACUCCUUCCUGUCCGUGGUGUCAGCCACCGAUCCCUCGGCACUCCCCGACUCUCUCAGGACGCCGGAGCUGCGGACCUACUGGGACUACAAGCGGGCGUCGCAGUCGUACCAGCAGGCCUGGCAGCAGCUGCGCAGCCAGGCCUUCCCUCUGUGGCCUCGCAGCGACAGGAACCUGCUCCUCUUCCACUGAGGACCCUCCGUGAGGCUGGAAAACCCUCGUCCGGAUCCACGAAGGCUGUCACAGACACCCAGAGGUCGAAGGUCAGAUCACCACAGACCUGCGAGAGACUGUUUCUCCGCGUGCACAACCGACUCAGGACAUUUGAGCAGAGCUCAACGUCAAAUAAAAGCAAAACCUGAGUAACAUCCUGUGUGUGUUUGUUGCUGGUGACUGUUGGAUCAGCUGGUGAGGAGCUCGGGACGUCUUGGCUCCCCGCAGCAGGACUCUGCACCCUCACGCUGUUCAGAGGUCGAUGACCGAACCGCACUGACCCGACCGGACGCCGUGUUUUCAUUGAUCGCCCAUAUUUUUAUGAGUCAUAAAGAGGCUGAGGAAAUCAUGGAGGAUGGAAAAGAUGCUUCUCUGAGAUUUGAAUUUGUCCUAUUUUCACUUAUGAACCUUAAAUCAUUUCUCAGGGCAGAAUUAUAAAUACAGUCACAAACUGAAUUCAGUGCAAAUCUAUUUAACUUCGUAGUGGAGAACAGCAUCAAAGGUGUGAACACUGCCUUCGUCUAACAACACAUUUCUGCAGCGGGGCCCCAUGUGAGACACAUGAUCACCCCAGCAGACAAAGAACAAGAUGAAUCUGCAUCUUUUCACUCAACAGUGAGUCCCUUUAUCGGAGCUAAGGCAGCAAAUCAAUGCAACAACCGAGGAUCAGCUGUGUUAACGCUUCAACUCAGCAGAUUCCAGUCGAUUAGUAGCGUGUUGCAGCUUAUCAGCAGGAUGACUGAAGACUCACUCCUCAGAGUCACAAGACUUGGUUUUUAUUCACUUCAGGCUUUGUUAUUCAAAUAAGAUUUUUAAAAGUACAAAUAAAAAUUGCCCAUAUCUGCUCCAUAGUGGUCCCUAUUAAAAACUCUGUCACAGAAAGUCGGUGCGAAAACUAAUCAAAGGAAUAACUAAAGAAGUCCAGAAAUACUAAAAAUCAGAUUAAAUACACUCACUGAGAACCACACAAACUCAAAAUCUCAAUCAUGAGCUGGGAUUUUACACCUAUGGAAGAAAGACACAACGAUCCGUUUUUCAUGGGGUUUUUAUUGGUCAGGUCUUCCAGCUACCUCACCUUUUUUCAAAUAUCUAAAAUUUAUUUCAGUUUUUAAGUUACAUUGAAUGCUUUUACAACACUGAUGAAAUGCAGCAGUCCUGAAUCAGCCUGUUGAAGAGGGCUGAAUCAGCCCCAAAGUGCACAGAUAUGAACACAAAGCACGACAGCGGAAACACGCAGGAUUUAUUUUUGAUCUGAUUCAUCUGCAGC